AUGAAGACCCUGAGGAGCAGCCACACUGCUGGGCUGCUGCUUUGUGCUUUCUCCCUCCCUUUGGUGCUUUCCCCUGUCCCUGUCACCAUCCCAGCAGAGCUGAGGACAGCUGUGCUCAGAAUUGCUGUCAAUGCCACCUCCUGCAGUGUCACCUGUGGGCUGGGCAUCAAGCUGGAGCAGCUGUGUGAGGUCACAGGUGCUGGAGAGAGGAGGAACUGCACCCUGCAGAGGUCCACCUGCCUGGCCAACUGGAUGUGUGGCUUGCUCCACUUCACUGUCCCCAUGGGCAAACCCUUCCAGCUCACCUGCCUGGCCUCAGAUGUAGCUGGCUUUGGCACUGGAGCCUAUAGAUACAGGUGGAGGCUUGCCCCAGGCCUCAUCACCACCAAUAAGUUACUCUUCAAACCUUUCCACACCCCUGAGCCUGUCCUCAGGUUUUCCACUGCCAGAGAGGCUGAUGCAGGCACUUACCAAUGUGAUGUGCAGAUGUUGAAGAGCUUCCAGGUCGUCAAGAGGGUUUACUUUGGGGUCAGAGUGAUCCAGGAUGACUUAGCAGACCUGGACUUCGACAAAUCCUUGACUUGGGAACAGAAGUUAGCAGCAAACAGGCAGGAAGGAACCGCAAAGAACAGCAGCCAGGAGGAGGUGCAGAGCCAGCAGCACUUCUGGCAUGGGAAGUCUUUGGGGCUGUACUGGGUAGGGCUUGGAUGUGGAGUGAUAGGAGGGGUCUUGGUGAGCUUGGUGGCUGCCUGCCUCUGCAAGAAGGCUUUCAGGAGGAGAGCUGCAAAGCAAUGA